AUGACUUUCGAGAAGACGAUAUCUUUAAGCCGACUCCGGUCUCAGUUUAAACGUACCCCAUGUGAUUUUCCUGCAGCAAAAACAGGAUUUGCAAGCGACAUUCGACCAAGCGACAUCGACGUCUUCCACGCUGCAGCAAAGCGCUUUGCUUCAAUGCACAUCAUCAGUGAAGAAGAGAGUCAAAGGCCGAUCAAGACCUGCUACCACGCCUGGCCCUGGAACACGAAAGCGAUCAGAUCGCACUACAAAACAGCUACUUAUCCCGAAAAAUUGAUCAAAAUUUAUGUUCAGUGGGGCACAAUCUCGACGCCAACGACGGAAGAAUUUUCAUCCCUCAGAAGGCACAUCGAUAGAGGAAAGACUGCUGCUGGUUGA